CGGAAAAAGGACCUUAUCUAUAAACCUUUCACCCACCCGAUAUAACUAUAAACUAGAAUUUCAAAUAAGGGUUCAAUUUUUAAAAAUAAUGGGGUUUUGGGAUAAAGGUCAAAUUCCAAAAGUCUGUGACAUAUCUCUCGACUGA